CGGAAUGGAACCCCUCCUGGUUGGGAUAGCGGAACCCAGUGCCCAAUCACUCUCUUUCCCCCUCGACGUAAACGGAAAAACCCCUUUCCAUACGAUCCUCUGCGAAUCCCCUGCCAAUAUCUUGCCGGCGAAGAAAUUGGGGAUCCUUGUUUGGUCAUUUGUUCGAUCAAUUGCAACUCAUAAUGUUGCUUAAUAGCUGCUGAUUCAGGAUCAAAUGCCUCUGCAACUGUUCAACUGGAUUCUGAACUAAAGAAUUCCUACAAAUUAAGAAAUUCUUGCAUGAUUAGACCAGGUUUAGCAGGCUCCAUCUUUUAGGGUUGGCUUAUUGAAGUGAACCUUUCGAAAACAGGAAUCCUUUACAGUAUCUUUAUAUGGAUCCAGAGGCUUCACAGACUGCCCGAGAAGCUCUGGACCUGACAUUUCACAUGUCGAACAUUCUUGAAACAGGACUUGAUCGCCACACCGUUUCAGUCCUCGUUGCUCUCUGUGACCUGGGUCUGAACCCUGAGGCACUGGCUGCUGUCGUCAAGGAACUUCGAAGAGAACCAUUUUCCUCUUUCCCAAUGCCAGAAACUCCAUCAUCUGCUUCGUAGACAGGUUUGUGGUGUCAUUUGCUAACUGCCAGAGAAAAGAAAUUGUAGUUCACCAUUGUUUCAAGCAGUGUUGUAGAACAGGGCAUCUUCUCCUUUAUGUGAUCUGCAUUAUUGUAGUGACUAUACUCUGCAUACUCACCAAGCAUGUAGGGGCUGAUGUAUUUUAAGUCUAAGAGCUUAUAUUCUCCUGAGUCA